GGACUGAUCUUUUAGAUGACCCAAAGCACUGAUCUUUUAGAUGACCCAAAGCAGUGGACUGAUUACCGUGACAGCAAACGUGAUGGGCAGGUGAAUCCUAGGUUCCCUGACUUCAAACGCAAGGAUGGGAACGGUGCCCUAUGGCUUAACAACGCUCCAAAGUGCGUUUUAUCUAGACUCGAAGAACUGAAAUUUGAUGUUCCAGCUGUAAAAUCAAAACAAGCAAAGGACUUUAAAGGUGAUGAGCCCUGGAAUGAUUUGGUCAAUAACCCUACUAAAUGGUGGGAUAACAGAAUAGAUAAGAGGAAUCCAAAAGCUCCUGACUUUAAGCACAAAGAAACUGGUGAAGUGCUCUGGCUUAAUGAUUCUCCUAGUUGGGUGUUAUCAAAGUUGCCACCCGUGAAGCCAAAAGAAAGCUUAGAAUUUGGUAGGAAGAAACUAGUUUCAUGAGCUUAGAAACAGAAACAGAGGAUGAAGAUUCAUUCAACCUAGUUGUAUGUAAUUAAUUACUUUAUGCUUUUUUAAAGUUCCUGUUAUUCUGCUUCGCGUUGAAUGGUAAUUUUGAUGAGGCAGAUAUAUUUGCUGUUCUUAUUAUGUGCAAAAGCAAUUUUCAUC